AACCUAUUAUCUAUGGUGCCAAGUUAUGGUCAACUGUGUUUUGUUAACUUGUCGUAUUCCAAUUCCGGGAGCGUUCUUCAAGUAGUUAUUAGUGGCUUGUGAGGUACUUGUAUAUUUUAAGGAAACAAUGGCUGUUGUUGCUGAACUUGCAUGUGUGUACUCUUCCUUAAUAUUAGCAGAUGAUGAUGUUGCAAUCACGAGCGAGAAAAUUCAAACCAUUUUAAAAGCAGCCAAUGUUGAUGUGGAGCCGUAUUGGUCUGGCUUGUUCGCAAAAGCUUUAGAAGGGAUAAAUAUAAAAGAUUUAAUUACCAAACUUGGUUCAAGUGUAGGAGCUACUUCUGUGGGACAAGCUGCCGUAGUUAGUGCUCCAGCUGCUACGGAGAAUAAGAAAGAAGAAGCUAAAAAAGAAGAAAAGAAAGAAGAAUCUGAAGAGUCGGAUGAUGACAUGGGUCUUGGCUUGUUUGAUUAAUACAGACACAAUUAAAUAAAAGUGUUUCUUUUAUAAA